ACAAUGUCGGAGAUGCCGUCGAAUUGUGUCGCAGAAUCUCAACAGCAAUGAUGUCUACGGUCAUCGUGGCGGUUCUUCUCGUGUCCUUGCAUCAGGCCGCAGCUAUCCCUGGUGAUCAGGGUGAAGUGAAACUGACAACAUUGACCGAACAUGACGAAUACUGCAAAGAGGAUGUGUGUAAGGAGCUGAGACAGCUGAGAGACUCCAUGGCUGAGCUGAAAGUUCACAUGCAGCAGAAUAAAGACCAGAUUGAGCAAAUCAGGGCUGAGAAUGAAGCUUUAAAGCAGAAACUGGCUUUGACUGAGUACGAUGUGGGAAAUAUAAAAAACGAAGACGCAAACACGAGCAGUCAGCUUCUGAAGAAAACACAACAUGAUACACUUUACUCCUUAGACAGUCCAAAGGUGGCAUUUUCAGCAGGAUCUGGAUAUCAUGGAGACUUUGGACCCUUUAACACAGAUGUCAACAUGGUCUUCAGUAACGUAUUAACAAAUAUAGGAAACGCCUACAGCCCAAACACUGGUGUUUUCAGAGCUCCAGUGAAAGGCGUCUACCACUUCACCUUCACCGUCUUUGGGCUUCGCAACCAACACUUCAUUGGUGCAAAAUUUUUUAAGAAUGAUCAUUUGUAUUUCCAAGCACAUGAUGUUCCUCAAGGACAUCACGAGUCUGUGACAAGAACUAUCAACCUGCUACUCGAGCAGGGCGACGAGGUUUUUUUGAAGCUCCAGGCGAACUAUCAGCUUUACGAUGAUGGAAACCUCUACAACAGUUUUGAUGGCUUUUUGUUGUAUCCUCUGUAAAGCAGUGAUCAGACAGAUAUACAUGAUUUACAUUGAAAAAAUGACAUUAUUCAUUUUUUUUAAUUCAAUACCCAGUAAAAAAAUGCUGAAUGCUGAAUUACUGCUGCACUGUACUACACUUCUAAACAUUAAAUAUGUUCAGUAACAUGA